ACAAGCUUUACGGUAGGCCGUGCAGGACGCAUUGUUGGAAGUUUGAGACAAGAUCUGACGUAAUAUUUAUAGGUUAAAGUAUAUAUUUAUAGUUUUAAUUAUAUAAGAAAAGGAAAGUGUUUUAUUUAUUUUUUAUCCGCCCAAAAAUACUUACCAACCGGUGAAGAUUUAUCCAUCCGUGGCGGUUCAUUCGUCCGUAAAAAUUCAUUCGUCCGUGGUAAUUUCUUCAUCCGUAAGGAUUCAUCCGUUCGUGUGGGUUCAUUCGUGCGUUAAGAUUCACUGAUUUGUGAAUGUUUAUCCAUCGUGACGAUUCAUUCAGAACAGAACAGAACAGAACUUUAUUACACUCAGGCUGUUCUGCGACGGCGUAAGAGGAACAGUGACAGUAAUUCAUCUGUGAUAAAUCAUCCACCCGUGAAGAUUCACCCACUUGUGAAGAUUCAUCCACCCGUGCAGCAUGAGGUCCAUAGUUGACCAGCACCACCUGACGGUGUCGGGGGGUAACCAGAGGCACUCGGUUUCCGCCCCCCACUCGAGAUCUGGAUCCUUCAAGAAGAGUAGCAGCGCUAAGAAUCCUGCGGACGCCCGACCCAGGACGAACAGCAUGCCCAAUUGCCCGAUAUAUCUGUCCCUCCCUGACGUCAUAUCGCAGCUCUCCAUCCCGGACUACGAUCUGUGCCGGGUGCGGUCCUUCAAGAAGACGUCGAAGGGUCUGGUCAACCACGGCGACACCGUCCGCAAGAUGAGCAUCAACAGUUUGAUGUCGUCUGGAAACACCGUCACCGACUGCGUGGAGCGACAGCGGACGCUCAGCAUCACGUCGGCGGAAAGCGUUUGCAACAGCUCCAGUUCGUCCACGGCGCCGUCCUACUUUCGCGUGGCCAUUCUCGGCACCAACGAGGUCGGCAAGACGUCCCUCCGUAGACAGAUGAUGACGUCGGAGUAUUUAGCUUCCAACAGUUCUGCCGAGCCCGAUGAUGAAGACACCAUCGUGUCCGUCUCCCUUGACGACGAGGAGUCCAUGGUGGAACUCAUUGACGACCCACAGAUUCCCGAGUGUGAGGAGAUCCGGGUGGAUGCCUAUCUCGUGGUUCUGUCAGUGACCGAUCUCCCGUCCUUCGAGUACGCCACGUCCGUCAUCCGCCAUCUCAGGGUGAUGAUCGGGACAGACCGGACCAUCAUCCUCGUCGCCAACAAGACGGAUCUCGUCAGACAGCGCAGAGUCACGCAGAACGAAAUCCGGAUGAUUGCUGAGAAAUACAGCUGUAAGUUCGCCGAGACUUCCGUGGCGAUCAACCACCAAGUGGACGAACUUCUCGUGGGACUGGUCAGCCAGAUCCGUGCCAAACUCCACUUCCAGUCGGAACGCUCCGUCAAUGACGUCACAAAACACAGAGCGUUGUCGCCGAAGAGGGCGCUGUCGUUUCUUGGCAAACUUUUCAAACACAGCAACAAGAAAUUCGCAUCCUGUGAUGACCUGUUGUGUUAGAAGAUAUACUUUUUGGGCUUGUAGUAUCGCGUGUGAAACAAACGUUGGUUAACAAAAAAAAAUGGAUUAUUGACAAAAUAGCACUUGAUUCUUUAAAACAAAAAUGACGCUACAUCGGAUGUUAACAUAAUUUUGUGACGGAAGUGACGUUUCAUAUUUACAGAAGCGCUCGUCACGUGAUGUGAUGUAUUACUAACUUGGCUCAGCUUCGGCUCCCCCAAAGGCCGCUGAAUCAAAGAGGCCAACAGCGACAGGAACUCGCUGGAUUUCAGAUCAGAAUGUAUCACUGCCCCUGAUGGCUACGGACGUUUCAGCAACGUGCUAUCUGAACAAAUGAACGAACGUGAACAACUCUGUGGUGCUUGUGACGUAAUAAUGAACAGUGAUUUAUAACAGUGAACAGUGAUUUGAAAUAAUGAACAGUGAUUUGUAAUAAUGAACAGUGAUUUAUAACAAUGAACAGCGAUUUGUAAUAAUGAACAGUGAUUUAUAACAAUGAACAGUGAUUUGAAAUAAUGAACAGUGAUGUGCAAUAAUGAACAGUGAUUUAUAAAAAUGAACAGUGAUUUGAAAUAAUGAACUGAUUUGUAAUUAUUGGAAACGAAUGACGAAUGCAGUGAUACAGAUUUUACGCGUUUGUGUUUUAAGUUCACUAUGAACGUUUAUUGAAUUUUAACACUGUUGUCAACAGUAAAGGGUCUGAAUUAUUAAACAGCUCUAGUGGACAUUAUACAGAGCAGUGCGGUGAUAUAUUGUGUUUCAUGUGAACAAUGAACAUAUUUGAGGGUUUUUUUUAUUGGUUUUUUUAUACAUGAUCUGAAAUCUACAGCUGAUGUGAAUAUGACAAAUAAUGUAUUAUGAUUAUUGAUAAAUGUAUGCGGUUAAGUGAACGCUGCAUGAUUGGACUUUGAAAUAGUCUAUGUGAACACCACACAUUAAUAUUAUAUGAACAUUGCAAACAUUUCUCUGAUUUAAGAACACGAACUGAAUAGUGAUAUGAUCUUGAAAACUGCUCCACUGAACAUUACGUAUGUGCUGAGAUAAUUUUAAUAUGAACACAGUUUGCAGUGAACAUUGAACAACUAGGAUGAAUAAAUCAUCAGCGACGUGACUGCUAAACUGAACAAUAAACGAGCAUUGACUAAUGUACUAGCGAAUGCUGUGAACAUUUACAAUAGUUUUGAAAUAUUACACACAUUUUUAGAAACGUUCAAGUGCAAUAUAGUCGUGAGUUGAACUUUCAUACCUACGCAUAAGGCCAGUGUACGGUGAACUUCAAGUGCCUAAACGUGUCAACGGAGUCGAAGUCUCUUUUAAGACAAGUGGUUGUUACAUGAAGAGGUUUAACUUGAUAUAAACGUUGACACGUCUUCUAAAACUGAUUGGUAUGUGCUGUAGUGUUAGCAAACAUCCCUUGGACUCUAUCUAAUAAAGGGGCUGCGAGUUGGGAUAGUAUAUUCAGACAAAAACGUUUAGUAAUUUGGUAAAUGCGCGUGCUUAAAUAAAAGAAAACUCGUGACUCUCAAAGUGAAAUAAAACACUCGAUUUAACUGGUGUAUCAUUUAUCAGCUUAAGUAACAGGAGAUCUUCAAUACAAAAUUAAAUGUGUGUCACGUCGUUGACUGUAGUUUGGGGGUCUGCAGAAAGCAGUAGUACAAAAUUGCUAAAACAGUUUUGUCUAAGCAUACUGUGAAAUCCUUUAUUUUCGUGGUCUUAAAUUUUCGUGAUUUCGCUAAAAUACAAAUUUCGUUGGGUAAUUGCAUAAAAACAAAAGUAUCAUAUAUAUAUAUAUAUAUAUAUAUAUAUAUAUAUAUAUAUAUAUAUAUCCACGAAUUACUCGAAUGUAAUAGCACCACGAAUAAACGCUAUUUCACAGUAGAUAUGUUUGGCGUGCUAAUGAGAGCAAGUUGUUGUGAGGCACGCCCGACUUGUACGAAUGUGCUGAACUUCAGCAGCGCAUAUGCAGGAACAUCUACAGUGGAACGAUGGGUUCUAGGAUCGACCCCUCUCUAUGGACCCGUAUGUUUUUCCCGUCCCAACCACUGCCCCUGGUUUAGCAAAGGCAGUGGUGUGUGCAGUCCUGUCUUUGGGAUAGAACAGAUAUAAUAUAUUUUGCUGCUGGUCUCCUGUGUACAUAGAUUGUGAAUACGAUAAUAACUUUGUUGUUUUGAUAUAGUUAAUAAUGUGCAAUAUCUAUGUGAUAAUAAACUCCUAUAUAUUUUU